GUCCAAGACACACCCAUCUCUGAAAUACCAGCUCCCAAAGCGAGUAACUGCAGUUACACUCUGCAUCCCUCCCAGGCAACACUCACCAUGGAUUUCAACUUGGCUGCAGCUGUGGACUCCCCAAAAUGUCAAGAGCCAGCAAAAAAGCCUUGUCAUGGUGGCGAUGGAAAACAUGAUCAUAAGCAUGGCCAUGGACAUGGACAUGGACACGGACAUGGACAUGGAGAACAUGGAAGUGAACACUGCAAGGGCCAUAAGGGUGGCCACGAACACUCUAGCAGUGAUUCCAGCAGCUCAAGCAGCUCCAGUGGAAGUGAAUGUGAGGGAAAGCCCCACGGAGAAGGCCAUGCACACAAGAAGAAGGAAAAGAAGCAGCACAAGGAGAAAAAACCCAAAGACAAGAAAGAAAAAAAGGAGAAAAAGGAACACAAAGAUAAAAAGCACUAAACUUAGGCAGCACAUGUAAUGGGGUACUAAUACUGAAAUACAAGUUGAUUUAUAUGAAAUAACUUCUUUUGAGAUUUACAAAUAUACAUGCACAGGUUCAGGAUUUUGUUAGAUAUUUGGGGAAAAAAAUUCCCAAUAUGCAUCCGUUAUUCUGUGAAGGAAACUUUUAUUAUGGCAUAGAUGGACCUUUUCCAAGCACAUUUUAAUUAUUCAUUAAUUAUUUUAUCUGUAUGGUUUUGGAAUUAUUACCAUUCUAACUGCCUGUUUACAGUCUGCAACUGAAAAAGCUAUCUGGAUGUAGGGGGUCACUGAACCCAGCAACCAAAAAACAAAGGCUCAGUGAGGAUUUACAUUAAUUGAUAUGCUUGUUUUUAGUUAUCAUUUUUUGUUCCAUUAUGGCUUCCUAAUGGCUCUAGCAAACAGAUGGCAGCUUAAAUUCCAGAUGCUGAAGACAAAAGUUAUAUCAUUAAAAAAAACAUAAAAAUAAAAAAUUGAUCACAAUGAUAGAAAACAGGUGACUGCAUUACCCUUUAGUUAUAAAAGAAAGCCUUGCUAUUAUACAGGCUGAUAACAGGAAGGCUAUAAGGUUUUGUCAGGAGUGGAAACUUUAAUAUGUGUAUAUGUAUAAUUGUGACUAAUAAAACCCCAUUGUCAUACUGGA